UGUUGCUCAAGAUUUGGUUCCUGUCGGGUACGCAAGACACCACCAUCUUUUCCCCUUCUUCCCGUCCUUUCCCACAGUUCUCUACAGUUUCUCCUUGGAAUCGCUCCAUAUCCAGCUUCUAUCACGCGUGGGAAAGGGAAGCCAUCGCAAACAUUUGAUCAUCCGUCUCAUUCAAAGUGGAGAAGCGUCUAUAACACGGCGACAAGAAUCCAGCCAAGACAAUAACACCCUCACUCUCUCUUCAGAACCCCGCGCAACCGCGACACAACCGCAGCCGCAGCCGCAAUCUCCUCCUCCUCCUCCUACUCAUCAUCCUCUGAGGUUUGCCUACGCAGAUAUACCAUGAUUGCCGCCUAAUCGCCUACCAGGAAGAUCGGGACCUGACCGCGCACUGCCCAUUCGGCCAACACUCUCAGCAUCAUAACAUCACUUCUUGAUAUAUACACACCUCACACAUAGGGAGCCACUCUCUUAAGGGCCCUCACCCCUCCCCUCCUUCAAUAUGUCUUUGGCUCAUACCUAUUACUCGCCGUCUUCUCUGGCUGAUAACGACUCUGCCACGCCGGAGCGAAACCCACUAUCACAAAGAAGCCAUCUCACACCAAACACCCUCAGUAACUCGGCGUCACCUGCCUUAAACAACUCACAAACACCAGAAGAGUCUCUGGCAGCUUUCGGUAACCAACAUCAGCAACUAUUUUUUGGCGGCCAGGACGAUCCGUACUUUGGUGUCAACUUUUCUUCCGAUUCGGACGGCUCACCCUCCUUCCUUGACGACAUCCUCCAGAUAGCCAACAGUAACCCCUUUGCGGACGACAUCUCCUCCGAACCAGUCCAGAAGACACAAAACGCCUUUUUAAAUGCCAGUCAUCUCCCCAUGAGUCCAGAAAAGACACCUUCGUUACAGACCUCCCCAAACCCCGAAGCCGGCUCCAACCAAGCUACCUUUCCGAAACGUCCAGUCAUUUCCGUCAAUACCCAAGAGGUCACCCAUAGGCCAAAACAGCCAUCGCUAUCAGACUCGCAGGACAGUAGCCAGCCUGGGUACGAGUUGACAUCAGAAGCUACCAAUAGCGCGGAGCUGGGUGACGACGGCGCUGUACCCUCGGUCAACGUCAUGUCAGAGCAAAGUCCAAGGGUAACAGUCUCAGAUUACGACACCAUCAACUCGUACACUUUCAACGACGCUCAACACCAUGUUCUCUACCCUGGCAUCAACGAAAAUGAUUUCAUCCAUCAGACUCCCGACGGCGAUAUGUCCCCAUCGUCUACACUCGCACGCGAUGAGUCUGUACGCUGGGCCCCAGAUCAAGCCAGCGGCCGAAGUGGAGUAGCUCCUGGUGACCGGUCUUCCGCCGAGGUGCGCAGCGUGAAUGAAGUGGCAGCCGAGAAACAAGUUCAAGAACGGAAUGAGGAGGUCGAUGCCUGGAUGGCCAGGUUGAAGGACGUCAGCCGCACAAGAUCGGGCUUUGUGGAUGUGAAUCAACCCUUCAUACGACCUCUUGACCACGAUGAUGAAAGUAUCGAUCCGCGGGAGAUUGGAGCGGAACCCUCCGAAAACAAGAAAAUAUCAGGCCAGACAUACUUCACAGAGAAAGGCGGCGAAAUGACAGCAAAAGACCGAGCCAUCAUCUACGGGAACCGCAAUUGGGCUGAUGCACCCUUGUUGUUGCCCAUCACCUCUGAAAGACAUCAGCCAGAGACUUCUCAUGAUGCCAUGCGGAAAUUUGAGCAAAUGUGCAAAGACAAUGGCUCCAUUAUUUCAAGAGCAGCAACCUGGGGAACCAGGCGUCGCAGUAUUGGCACCAUAGACGCCGAGGUCGAAAGCACUGGGAACAUCCUGAAAAAGCUGUCAUUGAGCCGAGGUGAUUCCAUUCGCCGACCUAGUGCAAUCUUCCAAGAGCUCCGAGGUCUAGUCAGAAGACCCAGUAACGCCAAACGAACUCGGGCUGAUAAUGAAGAGGUUGCUUCCAACUCUACACGCUCGUCGGUGGACCGAAAGGACGGCCAAGGAAAUUUGAACUUGGCUCCCCCAAAUCGUACAGGAAGCUUGGGCAAGAAGCAAUCGGUUCCCAGCAUCAACACCGCCUUGGUCGCCAUGGGAAGCAAUGUGGCAUCUAUUGGGGCCGUGCACGCUAGGAAUAACUCCAUCAGUACUACUCCCAUUACUUCUCCUAACGCCAAAAGUCCAGCGCGGAAUCUGGGUGUCAACUUGACCCGUCUUCGGAGCAGAUCGGACGCUCCUACUCUCGCAGCAAUGUUGAAGAAUCAUGGCGGUCCUCCAGCCCCUCUUCCAAGACCUUCUGCGGAACCCAAGCCUUCUGCUGAAGUCAUAGAGAUCGAUGAUGAUUCUGAUGAGGAAGAUGACGAGGACGGGGCAGGAGACUCCAACGCCGAUUCAAGCGCAUCAAUUGUCCAUGUUAAGCCAACGCAGGAUGGCUUCAAGCAACACUUCCUGGAGCUCCAUCCCAAGCUCCCCGAAAAAAGCCGUUACCUGGUGGACCGCAUUGCCUACCAGCAGAUGGUUCGUUAUAAGGCCCUGCUGAACCACAAGAAGGAGCACGAACAGCACCUCGUGAACAAGAGUUGCCCAUCCGGAUCAAUGUGUAUUAAAUCAGGCGGCAAGGCGAAGUUGAUGAGGGCCAAUCCUGGCGGCCGAGGGCUCUCUGUGCGGCCUGAAGAGGACGUUCCGCUGGGUGACAAAAUGAUCAACCCCAACCAGUUCCCUGCCAACAUUCCUCCACCGAUCACCAGGGACUUGCCCGCUGAGCUGGAGUGCCAGUUGUGCUUCCAAGCAAAGAAAUUCGAGAAACCUUCGGACUGGACCAAGCACGUGCACGAAGACGUCUCGCCUUUUGCCUGCACGUGGGAAAACUGCAGAGACGGUAACAAAACAUUCAAGCGAAAAGCCGACUGGGUCCGCCAUGAGAACGAAGGCCAUCGUCAUCUCGAGUGGUGGAAAUGCCGCGUCGACGAUUGCACGCACGAUUGCUUCCGGCGGGACAACUUCCUCCAGCAUCUCGUGCGCGAGCACAAGUUCCAGGAGCCCAAGUACAAGACAAAGGGCGAUAUCAGAAAGGCCGGCGGCGCGUGCCACCCAACCUGGCAGAUGGUGGAGAAAUGCCACAGAGUCACAAAGACAAAACCGGAGGAGGAGCCGUGUCGGUUUUGCGGGGAAAAGCUCACGACAUGGAAAAAGUUGACAGUCCACCUGGCGAAGCACAUGGAGCAAAUCAGCUUGCCCAUCAUCAAGCUCGUGGAGCGGACGGAGGUUGAUCCUGACACGAUCAUCAGCCCGGUGCAGGAACCUCCGCCGAGGCAUUUCCCGCCUCCUAUACCCGAAAAGAGCGACAGGAGGCACAGCGGACAGCCUCAUUUGCAGCAGCGGUUCGAUCCGGCAAUAGCUGGCUUGAGCCAUAUGCCAAUGCGCCAAAUGCCCGUGACAUAUUCCAACACCCCGCAGCAACACUCGGGCUUCAAUGGGUUCCAGUCCUUCCCUUCGCCUGGCUAUCAUGCCGUGCCCUUCGGUGACCUAUCACAAGGCAUGAUGACCUCGGGAUCAAUGAACAUGCCCAUGGCCCAGCAACCCAUGAGCCAAGGCUACGCCAACCUGAUAGCCUCUCAGGCAGCGUACACCACCAGGCCGAUGACCACUACAGCCGGAUACCUGACCUCUCCCAUGUCGGCUUCGCAGAUGGGUGUCUCCUCACAGCUGACUACUCCCCUGAUGGGCACACCGUUAAUGGGCCCGGUACCUAACCAAUUCAUGGGGGUGUCGCCAGACGGCAUGGGAACAGAGUCUUUCCCUGGGAUGGAUCUCAACAUGACCAUGAACGCCUUGGGACUUCAGGAUCCUGCCUCGAUGGGGUAUGCAAACUUGGAUAGUGGCGGCGGGAUGUUGACUAAUACGAGCCUUACUCCCAAUCCAAGCCAGGGUAACGGUCAACCGCAUUCGCAGAAUGGCCACCACGGUAGACAACACUCACAUGGACAUGUGGCUGCGCAGUUUAUGCCGAUGGCAGGUCCUCAUGGGAGCGUGAGUCCGUUUGGGACGUCGCCUAUGCCGGGACAGAAUGGGUUCUACUGAGGCAAUACGAGUUCUUGUUUUUCUUUUCUGGUUCUAUUUUUGGUGUUGAUAGAGGUUUCAUGGUCGGAUGGUUUGAUACCCUUGCCUGCACACAUGCGUUCUUGAGGGUUCUGCGUGGCGAGGCGUUUGCCAGCAAGACUUGGUGCAUGUUUCUUUUGAAAAAAAAAUUUUUUCUUUUGUGCUUACGAAUCGUUCUGGUUGGCGGCCACGAAAGGAGCUUGACGUCUUAUGGUCCCUUCAUUUGGUGGAUGGUUCUGCCUUCUCUAUUUUUGAAACACAUCAAGCCCAACGAUUCAUCAUGAGUGAACACGGGAGUUGUCUGCUUUUGAACUUUCCCAGUUACGAGUUACGAAGGGGGCUUAGAGCGCGAACGUAACCUUCCUUUUUGGAUAUGUUGGAUAGACAAGCCCUUUUCUUCUUAUCGUUCCUUGUUUGACCUUGACCAUGAAUGGCCAUGAAUCAUAGGUGGUGACUUGCAUCAACCUGACGCAUUUCGUGCUUCGAGUCCGGAGGCGAUCUCCGAAUCCUGACGUGUAACCCGCGACAGGGGCACCACAAGGAAACAGGGGGCGCGCAUAGUGAUGCAGGGAUGGCUGUAGUUAUGGAAUUAGGGCCUUCCUGGAGGGGUUAUCAUGUACCAGAAAUGAUGUUGAGAUUUUCACAGUUCUAAAACAUGAUCAACAGAGCAAGUUAAAGCGACGAGCAGCUUUGAAAAAAGAGGCAAUUCAAGACGGGCAAAA